GGGACUUGUGAGGUGACUCGUGAAGGGACUCGUGAGGGGACACACUGAAGGUUUCAGGUGCUGGGAAGCAGGGGACAAACUUCAUCCACCCGUCCCCUUCCCCACAGCUCCGUGUGGCCGCAGCCGCCCCGUCAUGGCCCCGGCGGCCCCUGCCCGGGGAAGCGCUCGCCCGGCCUCCGGAAGCGCUUCCCGCCCGCCGCCGCUAAGAUGGCGGUGGACACCGCCACAGAGCUCCUCUUCCUCGACACCUUCAAGCACCAGAGCGCCGAGCAAAGUACCAAUAUAGAUGUAGUUCGUUUCCCGUGCGUGGUUUACAUAAAUGAAGUACGUGUCAUUCCUCCCGGAGUGAGAGCUCACACAAGUUUGCCCGACAGUAGGGCUUACGGAGAGACAUCCCCGCAUACAUUUCAACUGGACUUGUUUUUCAACAAUGUCAGCAAGCCAAGUGCCCCCGUUUUUGAUAGACUGGGGAGCCUCGAAUAUGAUGAAAAUACUUCAAUUAUUUUCAGACCCAAUGCAAAGGUCAACACAGAUGGAUUGGUUCUAAGAGGAUGGUACAACUGUCUGACUUUGGCAAUAUAUGGCUCAGUUGACAGAGUAAUCAGUCAUGACAGAGAAUCACCUCCUCCGCCUCCACCUCCGCCGCCUCCUCCCCAGCAACAGCCUGGUUUGAAGAGAAACCCAAAACAUGCUGAUGGAGAGAAAGAAGACCAGUUCAAUGGCAGUCCUCCAAGACCACAACCUAGGGGACCAAGGACACCUCCAGGCCCUCCUCCUCCUGACGAUGAUGAGGAUGAACCUAUGCCAGUGUCAGUGGUUGGGGAAAAAGAAGAUGAUGUGGACCACAGGGAGGAUUACUUCGAGCCCAUUUCUCCUGACAGAACAUCCAUUCAUCAAGAAAGCCAGUAUUCUGAUGAGGGAGAAGUGGAAGAAGACCAACCAGAAGAAGGAGAUGAUGAAGAAGAUGUGGAUGUUGAGGAGGAGGAGGAUGAGGAAGAAGACGAUGGGCAUACAGUAGAGAGCAUUCCUGAUGAGGAAGAGGAGGAAGAAGAUGAAGACGAAGAUGAAGAAGAUGGUGAAGAGGAGGAGGAAGGUGAAGGAGAUGAUGGAUACGAGCAGAUUUCAAGUGAUGAAGAUGGAAUUGCUGAUCUGGAACGUGAAACGUUCAAGUAUCCGAGUUUUGAUAUUGAGUACACUCCUGAGGAUCUGGCGUCUGUGCCUCCUGUGACAUAUGAACCUUUUGAAAGGGAGCUCGGACCUCUUUUGUACUUCAGCUGCCCUUACAAGACUGUAUUUGAGAACGAAGUUGCUAAAAUAAAGGACCAAGACCCGGAAAAAGAAAACUCGGGGGCAGUGGAAGCCUCCGUUAAAUUAACUGAACUGCUGGAAUUGUAUCAAGAGGAAAGGGGUGCAAAGUGGGUGACUGCAUUAGAAGAAAUUCCGAGUUUAAUAGUAAAAGGAUUGAGCUAUCUGCAGGUUAAAGACACAAAGCAGGACUACAUAACCCAGCUGGUAGACUGGACCCUGCAAGCUUUAAACCUUCAGGUAGCUCUCAAGCAGCCCAUCGCUUUGAAUGUCCGGCAACUCAAAGCUGGGACAAAACUGGUGUCAUCAUUAGGGGAAUGUGGGACGCAAGGAAUAACGGCACUGUUGCAGGCGGGAGUUAUUAAUGUGUUGUUUGAGCUGUUGUUUGCAGACCAUGUAUCGUCCUCCCUUAAGCUUAAUGCUUUUAAAGCUUUGGAUAGCGUUAUCAGUACGACCGAGGGAAUGGAAAUGUUUCUGAGAGGUGGCGUAGAUGUGCAUGAAAAAAGUGGUUAUCAGAAACUCCUUGAACUCAUUUUGUUAGAUCAGACUGUGAGGGUAGUCACUGCUGGCUCUGCAAUUCUCCAGAAGUGUCACUUCUAUGAGAUUCUGUCGGAUAUUAAAAAGGUGGUCGAUCAGUUAGCCGAGAGCACGCCUCCUCUGCCUAACCACACGGAGACAGAACAGGACCAGGACUUGGCAGGGCUUGACAGAACCAACCAAGAAUAUGAGAACGAUGUGGAGGCUCCUAUGGAUAUGGAUCACCUUUUGGAAUCUUCCAACAUAAGCGAAGGAGAGGUGGAGAAACUCGUGAGUCUUCUGGAAGAAAUCUUCCAUUUGAUGGAAACUGCUCCUCAUACAAUGAUUCAGCCACCCGUCAAAUCUUUCCCAACCAUGGCACGCAUUACAGGCCCUCCAGAAAGGGAUGAUCCUUACCCUGUCCUGUUCAGGUAUCUUCACAGUCACCAUUUCCUGGAGUGCAUCACUUUGCUGCUGUCUAUUCCAGUGACGGGUGUGCACCCGGGUGUGCUCCAAGCUAUACGCGACCUCCUGCGCUUCCUGGCGCAGUCCCAGAAGGGUCUCCUCUUCUUCAUUUCCGAGUACGAGGCGACGAACCUGCUGAUCAGAGCUCUCUGUCAGUUUUCCGAUCCGGAUCAAGAGGAAGGCCUCCAGUCCGAUGGUGCAAACGAGGACACCUUUGCCCUGUGGCUCCUGCACUCGACGCAGACGUUACAGUGCAUUUCAGAAUUGUUUUGCCACUUCCAGCGGUGCACGGCCAGCGAGGAAACCGACCAUUCGGAUCUCUUGGGAACGCUUCACAACCUUUACUUGAUCACCUUUAACCCUGUGGGAAGAUCUGCCGUGGCUCACGUCUUCAGCCUGGAGAAAAACCUCCAAAGUCUUAUCACUUUAAUGGAGUACUAUUCCAAAGAAGCUUUAGGAGACUCAAAGUCUAAGAAGUCAGUUGCUUACAACUACGCCUGCAUCCUGGUUCUGCUGGUGGUUCAGUCUUCCAGUGAUGUCCAAAUGCUGGAGCAGCACUCGGCGCCUUUGCUGAAGCUUUGUAAGGCAGACGAAAAUAACACCAAAUUGCAAGAGCUCAGCAAGUGGCUUGAACCUUUGAAAAAUCUUAGAUUUGAAAUAAACUGUAUUCCAAAUCUCAUUGAAUAUAUCAAACAGAAUAUUGACAGUUUGAUGACCCCAGAUGGAGUUGGCCUUCCUACGGCCCUUCGUGUCCUGUGUCAUGUAGCGUGUCCGCCACCUAUGGUAGAAGGUCAACAGAAAGACCUGAAAUGGAACCUUGCAGUUAUUCAGCUCUUCUCUUCCGAGGGAAUGGACACCUUCAUCCGGGUCCUGCAGAAGCUGAACAGCAUCCUCAUUCAGCCUUGGCGACUCCAUGUCAACAUGGGCACCACCCUUCACAGAGUCACGACGAUUUCCAUGGCCCGCUGUACGCUGACGCUCCUGAAAACGAUGCUGACAGAACUCCUGCGGGGCGGAUCCUUCGAGUUCAAGGACAUGCGCGUCCCGUCGGCGCUCGUCUCUUUACACAUGCUCCUGUGUUCUAUCCCGCUCUCGGGCCGCUUAGAUAGCGAUGAGCAGAAAAUUCAGAAUGACAUCGUUGACAUCCUGCUGACUUUUACGCAGGGCGUUAAUGAAAAACUUACAAUUUCAGAAGAAACUCUGGCAAACAAUACUUGGUCUUUAAUGCUGAAGGAAGUUCUCUCCUCGAUUUUGAGAAUUCCGGAGGGUUUUUUCUCUGGACUCAUACUGCUUUCAGAACUCUUGCCUCUUCCACUGCCCAUGCAGACAACUCAGGUAAUCGAGCCACAUGAUAUUGCAGUGGCACUUAACACCAGGAAGCUGUGGAGCAUGCAUCUUCACGUUCAAGCCAAGCUGAUCCAAGAGAUAGUUAGAUCGUUCUCUGGUUCUUCUUGCCAGCCUAUUCAGCACAUGUUGAGACGUAUUUGUGUUCAGCUGUGUGACUUGGCUUCACCCACUGCUCUUCUUAUCAUGAGGACUGUGUUGGAUCUGAUUGUAGAAGACCUGCAGAGCAACACAGAAGAUAAAGAGAAACAAUACACUGGACAAACCACUCGACUGCUUGCUUUAUUGGAUGCCCUGGCUUCAAACAAAGCUUGUAAAUUGGCUAUUCUGCAUCUUAUCAAUGGAACUACCAAAGGUGAUGAAAAGUAUGCAGAAGUGUUCCAGGAGCUCUUGGCUCUAAUGCGGUCAGCUGGAGACAACGUCACUCAUCAACAGAGUGCUGAAUAUGUAACCUCUCUUCUGCAGUCCCUCUGCGAUCAGGAUAUUGCCCUCAUUUUGCCAAGUUCAUCAGAAGGCUCUGUGUCGGAAUUAGAGCAGCUCUCCAAUUCCUUACCAAACAAGGAUCUGCUGCCGUUAAUUUGUGACAGCUUAAUGGAAACAUUAACCAAUUCUGAGAGCAGUUACAGUUGUCUGCUGACCUGCAUCCGAACAAUGAUGUUCCUUACAGAGCACGACUACGGCUUCUAUCACUUAAAGAGCUCCCUAAGAAAACACAGCAGUGCUCUGUACACUGUAUUAAAGCGAGUAAUCACCAGUUUCAGCAAAGACACAGGGGAACUGGCCUCUUCUUUCUUGGAUUUUAUGCGGCAGCUUCUAAACUCGGAUACACUGGGAUGCUGUGGAGAUGAUGGGAGCCUGAUGGAAGUAGAUGGAUCUCACCCAGGCAGAACGCUGGGUCUGACCACUGCAGAGUUGAAACAUCUUCUGCAGAGCAAGGAGGAAACCCCAGAAAACCUACUGCUUGAUCUGGAGAAACAUGUUAUGGAUCGUUCUAAGGAAGACGAUGGCCUUGAAUCCUUGCUGGACAACAUCGUUGGCGUCAGGCAAAUGUUGGAAUCAGCAGGUGAUUCUUGUCCCCUGAGUGACCAAGAUGUGGAGCCUCUUCUUUCUGCACCAGACUCUCUUCAGAAUUUGUUUAACAACAGGACUACCUACGUGUUGGCAGACGUGAUGGACGACCAGCUGAAGCCCAUGUGGUUCUCACCCUUCCAGGCUGAAGAAAUUGAGACUGACCUGGAUAUGGUGAAAGUUGACUUAAUUGAGCUGUCAGAGAAGGGCUGCAGUGACUUCGAUUUGCAAGCUGAGUUGGAGAGGUCAUUUUUGUCAGAACCAUCAUCCCCUGGCCGGACAAAAACCACAAAAGGUUUCAAACUUGGCAAGCACAAGCAUGAGACCUUCAUAACUUCAAGUGGGAAAUCUGAAUACAUAGAGCCUGCAAAGAGAGCUCACGUUGUGCCGCCACCGAGAGGAAGAGGCAGGGGAGGAUUUGGACAAGGAAUCCGACCGCAUGAUAUCUUCCGUCAGAGAAAGCAGAACACCAGCAGGCCGCCCUCCAUGCACGUGGAUGAUUUUGUUGCUGCGGAGAGCAAAGAAGUCGUCACUCCGGACGGGAUACCACCAGCCAAAAGGCCACCGAAAGUGUCCCAGAAGAUUUCUUCACGUGGUGGGUUCUCAGGGAAUCGUGGAGGACGGGGAGCUUUUCACAGCCAGAACAGGUUCUUUACCCCACCUGCUUCAAAAGGAAAUUACAGUCGCCGUGAAGGCGCUCGAGGCUCAAGUUGGAGCGCCCAGAGUACGCCCAGAGGAACCUACAAUGACAGUAGAGGUGGUCAAAGCAAUUUUAACAGGGGUCCACUGCCACCACUGAGACCAUUAAGUUCCGCAGGCUACCGACCGAGUCCUCGCGAUCGUGCUUCCAGAGGCCGGGGAGGAAUUGGACCAUCUUGGACAAGUGCUAAUAGUAGUAGCAGUGGUGGCUCAAGAGGGAAGUUUGUUAGUGGAGGCAGUGGAAGAGGUCGGCAUGUGCGUUCCUUCACGCGAUAAAAUGAGACCUAACGGAACAGCCCAACCGCGUGGACUUCUGUGAGAUGACAAAGAAAACGGAGGCACUAAAGGACCAAUUCAGAGUUGGUGGGAUCCGGAGGACACCAAGAGAAUAUUUUUGUCUGAAGAAGAGUUUUUGUUUGAUACAAGACUUGAAAUUUCAAUAAAAUCCAAGACUUUUUUGUGUACAAUUGUAAAUUUUUUUUUGUUCCUUUUGAAAUAAUGUUUUAACUUUUUUUUUUGUGGACAGUAGACAACAUUCAGUAAAGAACCUCGUUGAGUUGACUUGAAGGACUUUUAAAAAAAAAAAAUCAUUGUGCCAAAAGAAAGGUACAGGUGUUUUGUGUGUGACUUAUUACUGCAAGAAAAUUAAAAAAAAAAUCUAUGUAAGGCAAUUCUAGUUUCUUUCUCUCAGGUUUAGAGCCACUAGCCCUUGUUUUAGCCAGUCUCAGUUGUUAAUGAUUGAGGUACGUCUGAGAGCAGUUGAAGUAGCAGGUGAUAGAAGAUUGACUGAAAUGAAUCAAUCUGUGAAAGAAUGCAAACAUAAUUGUAAUUUAUAUGGGUUUUGUUGUAUGCUUUUGGUAACAUGAGUAGAUGCUUGGGUAAGAUCUUGUUCCUGUUAAAAAUCGAUGAAAAUGCGUCGUUCUCUUCAAUGAGUAAGAGAACGUUCUAGUAUUUACAACUCCAGUUCAUGCAUCAGGAGCAGAAGUCACUUUGUUGGAAAGCAGAGUAUGGAUGCUUUAAGGUGAAAUGUUGGGAGUCUGGAGUUCAUGAUGGUUGCCUGCCGAUCUGCUGACUGAAGCAGAGGAGAGGGCACAGGCAUGGAAAACCGAGCAGUAAAGUUAAACUUUCCCUUUGAAUAGAUGGUUUGGAUUUUUGUUUCUGUAAUAUUUAGAUACAUGGCAAAGAAGAAAAACUUUUGAGAUGUAGAAAUUCAUGAAGAGAUGUUACCAGUAGAUCCGCCUCUGAAUUUACUCUCAUGUUACACUUGUGUUAUCUGAGCUCCGUGGGAUUUCUUAGAAGUAACCAGUUCUCAAUCAUCCUUCACUGCAUUUUUGGAUGGGGUGAGGAGUGGUAGCUCUUACUGAAGGCCAUGCACCAUUUUUAUUUUGAUUUUUUUUUUACAAGCUCCGCUGUCAGCUGAGCUUGAUUGUCACUUAUGCUUUGGUUUCUUGCCAUUGUGGAAGUGCUAUAAAGGGGUCAGCUUCUGCUUAAACAAAGCCCAGUGCCAGUGUCCUUGUUUUAAGUAAUCUUGACUUCUGGUCAGCUCGUCUGUUUGGAAUCAAACUAACCACCCAUUUGAAUUGUUUCUAAAAUAUGAUCAUACUUCAAGUCGGAUUUUUUUUUACCUUUAUGCUGGUUGGCUAAAUAAGGACGUGUUCUAUUUGAACCAUUUUGUGCACGCUUUCUCUGAGGAGACUUUGGGCCGUAACGUCCCCCCGCUGGAGGGCUGUGCACAAAGCGGGCAUAGCCCGUGAGAGCAGUAAGCUUCUGCUGAUUGGGUGCAGUGAAAGGGAAUAAUACCGGAUCACAAAGGUUUAAACAUUUAACGUUGUGUAAAGUGACAUGAACAAAAAUCAAAUUUCUGAACGGUAAAAAUAACACAAAGAUGUAAUCUGACCAAUACUGCAAUUAUGACUGAAAUGGGUGGAGCUCUCAGACAUUACAGCUAUUAAUGCUAUUUUUUUUUUUUUUUUUUAAGGAGCAGCAUCAGUAUUUUUCAAGCUGACUUGCUCCUUUAGACCACGUGUUGAAGGUUCUUUGUUUUUUUUUUCUGGAAACUUUACUGUGUUUGAAACUAGCAGGGAUAUGAAUCAUUCGUUUUCUGUCAGGGAAUUUGAAAUGAAAAGUGUCAGGCAUGGAAUAAAUAUGUACAUAUAUAGUAUUUGUUCUUGAAAGUUUAAAAUAUAUGGCAUGUCACACUAAUCAUUUUCAAACUAGGAGGAAAUAAAGGGUUGCUUAAGUUGUUUAAGAUGUAUGCAAUCUGUAAACUUAGUCAAACUGGAAAAAGAAGUAUAUGUCUUAACGCAUUUAGUUCUGUAGCCCUUCACUGCAAAGCGGUUCCUUUCCUGGAUAAAUCCAAUGUGAAAUAAUGCUGUUUAAAACUGACUUCUUUGGUUUGACUCUUGAAACUGGAAUCCUUCCAUGAUUAAACACCAUUCUAAGCAUUAAAUUUUGCUUUUUAUACCAUGCCCGAAAA